AUGUCUGCACACAGAGACCUCAAAGCUCCUACCCUCGAAUUCCUCGACCUCUUCUGCAACAAGAAAGACAUUGAGAAAAGCGUCACCUAUCUCCACCCAGAGUUUACCGCGACCCACGACGACUGGGCCCCUAAAGAUCUUGAUGGUUUCAUUGAGCAAUGGAAACACCUCAUAACUUCGCUCUGGCCGGAGUUCAAGUACGAAGCCAUCGAUACCGUUCAAGAAGGAAACAAAGUCUGGGUGUAUGCGAGAAUCACUGGUCUCCAAAAUGGGGAGGCAAAGGACUCUAUCGAUAUGCUUGAGUGGGACAAAGAAGGAGAAAAGAUCAUCAAGACGAAGGAUGUGCAGAGGACUGUCGAACAUCACGUUCACAAGAAUGAAAUUGUUUGGAAAAUGAGACCCUACCCCGCAAACAUGAAAGAAGCCUUGUCUAUGAAAGAAUAUCAACUCGAAUCGAACAGAGUCUUUAUGCUUUUGGAAACAUGGAGACGACAAGAGAGAUCUAUAGGAGUCAUCAUUGAAAGCAAAGAACAGCAACAGAAAAAGCAAGAGCAUAACCCCUCUAUAAGCGACAACAAGAAUCAUAGUAUCCUCCAACCAAAGCAUCAAAAGACCUCCACAGACCCCAACACCGAGAUGACAGGACACUAA